GGCCGCGGGGAGCAGGGCGGGCGGGGGCGCGCGCCCCCGAGUUUGCAGAGACACCAGGCGCGAGCCGAGAGAAUGGCCCAAAGUUUUGUCUCCCCAACUAGGACGCAAAAGUGGAGCUUAAAGACGGGAGUCUGGGAGAGGAAGCUGUUGUUGGGUGGCGGGGCUGCGGGUCGGGAGCUGCUCGUCACUGGAAAGCAGGACGAGGUUGGGAUCAUCUGUAGAACCCCGCCAAAGGAAGAAGCAAAGAACUUCAGGAAGUCAGGAAGCCAAAGCAGAGAAGAUCCGCAGAACCACAGCUCCUGAAAGAGCUCCAAAAUAUGUUUCAUUUCAACGUUUUGCAAAGAUCUUCAUUGGCUGUCUUGCAGCCAUUAUUAGUGGUAUGAUGCAUGUUUUCUACCUGUCGGCUUACCACGAACGGAAAUUCUGGUUUUCCAACAGGCAGGAACUUGAACGAGAAAUCACAUUUCAGGGUGACAGUGCCAUUUAUUACUCCUAUUAUAAAGACAUGUUAAAGGCUCCUUCAUUUGAAAGAGGUGUUUACGAGCUGACGCACAAUAACAAAACCAUCUCCCUGAAGACUAUCAACGCCAUGCAACAGAUGUCUUUGUACCCGGAACUUAUUGCCAGUGUGCUCUAUCAAGCAACUGGUAGCCAUGAAGUGAUUGAACCAGUGUAUUUCUACAUUGGCAUUGUUUUUGGAUUACAAGGAAUAUAUGUUACAGCUUUGUUUGUUACAAGUUGGCUUAUGAGUGGCACGUGGCUAGCAGGAAUGCUUACCGUUGCAUGGUUCCUAAUUAACAGGGUGGACACAACAAGAAUCGAGUACUCCAUUCCCUUAAGAGAAAACUGGGCUCUACCAUAUUUUGCAUGCCAAGUUGCUGCACUUACAGGCUAUUUAAAGAGAAAUGUAAAUACGUACGCAGAGAGGUUUUGCUACUUGUUGCUGAGUACCUCGACGUACACGUUCAUGAUGGUGUGGGAGUACAGCCACUACAUCCUGUUUCUUCAAGCAGUCUCCCUGCUGCUGUUAGACAUCUUCUCAGUGCAGCAAAGCGACAAGGUUUAUGAAGUAUAUAAAAUCUACAUAUUUUCUCUCUUCCUUGGGUAUUUACUGCAGUUUGAGAAUCCAGCUUUAUUGGUAUCUCCUUUAUUAAGCUUAACAGGAGCGUUCAUGCUUAUUAAGUGCUUUCAGCUAAAUGUGAAAAAAGGAACGUUUGUGGCCAAAGUAAUCAAAGUGUUUGAGUUUUACUUGUUAUGUACUCUGCCAGUGACCUUAAAUGUUAUAGUAAAGAUGUUUGUCCCACACAAAGAAAAUGAGCACGUGCUGAAAUUUCUUGAAGUAAAAUUUGGACUCAAUAUGACUAAGAAUUUUACAUUGAACUGGCUCCUUUGUCAAGAAUCUCUCCAGGCACCGUCCCAGGAUUUUUUUUUACGAUUGACACAAUCUUCCCUAUUGCCAUUCUAUGUUUUAGUGUUAACUAUCUGUCUUCUUUCUAUGACACAAGUUACUUUUAGGAGGAUGAGUGGGAAGUCCAAGAAAGAGACCGCAACUCUUGAAGAUGGAAGAAUUGGAGAGAGGCCAGAGAUCAUUUACCAUGUAAUCCACACGCUUUUGCUGGGCUCUCUCGCAAUGCUUGUGGAAGGCUUGAAAUUCAUUUGGACUCCUUACGUGUGCAUGUUAGCAGCAUUUGGUGUAUGUUCCCCCGAACUUUGGAUGACACUUUUAAAGUGGCUUCGAUUAAGAACUGUACACCCAGUAUUGUUGGCUCUUAUUCUGAGCAUGGCUGUGCCCACUAUUAUAGGUCUUAGUUUGUGGAAAGAGUUUUUUCCACGAUUAAUUACAGAAUUAACAGAACUACAGGAAUUCUAUGAUCCAGAUACAGUGGAACUUAUGACCUGGAUAAAGAGGCAAGCUCCAGUUGCAGCUGUGUUCGCAGGAAGCCCACAGUUGAUGGGUGUGAUCAAGCUAUGCACUGGAUGGACUGUGACAAGCUUGCCACUUUACAGUGAUGAUGACCUUCUCAAGAGGAAUGAAAAUAUUUACCAAAUCUAUUCAAAGCGAUCUGCUGAGGAUAUUUAUAAAAUACUGACAUCUUAUAAAGCUAACUACCUAAUUGUAGAAGAUGCCAUCUGCAAUGAGAUGGGAACCACGAGGGGCUGUAGGGUUAAAGAUUUGUUAGAUAUCGCAAAUGGACACGUGGUUUUUGAAGAAGGUGACAAAUUAACCUAUUCAAAAUACGGACGAUUUUGUCACGAGGUCAAAAUUAACUACUCUCCAUAUGUGAAUUACUUCACUAGAGUAUACUGGAACAGAUCCUACUUUGUAUAUAAAGUCAACACUGUGAUUUCCUUCCAAUCUUGAACAAUAACAGAGCCUUCAUUUCAAAGACAUGUUACUUGAAGUAAAAUACAAUUUUCUUGGACCUACAGAGUUUCUUACAGAUAAGAGUGUGGUAUCUGAAAUGCUGCUAUUCCUCCCCACGCCUGCUGACUCCUGGGUUUAGAGUUUUCUUGGAAGUAGGUGAUGAGAUGUUGAUGUCUUUUAGUAAAAUGUCAAGUCCACCACUGCAUCUUGCUGGCGGCCUUCUUUCUUAGCACAUGACUUAAAGCCUUACCUGUUGCAUCAUCUCAUACCUUACUCUAUAGUAUCGAUCUUUAUUUGAAUAUUUUCCAAGGUCAGUGUUAACUUUUAAUUAAGUACUUAAUGUGAUUUAAUUCUCCAAUAUAAGAGAAAAUUCUCCAAGGAAGUUUUUAACAGAUGUAAAUUUUCUACAAUUAAAAAUAAUUGAAAAAAAAAUUGAAAUGUUAGUUAAAAAUAUGAGACACUUAAAUUAAAAUGGAAAUAACAUAAAGGAAGGAUUUUAUGAUACUGUUCCUGUCAUCUGCUGCUUAAGUCGUGAGCACAUUCUUAGUGAAACGUGUUUCAUGACUAGUGAGUGACUGCCUUUUCUCAUUUAUGUCCACUAAGUUAAUAACAAUUUAAUCAUGCUAACACAGUAACUGGUGUUGAUACAUACAUAUGUAAAUGAACAUUGAAAAUAAUGUUAUAUUGCUUGGUUGUGGAGCAUACAAUCUAAUCACAUUGUAACGGACAUAUUAACACAAUAAUAAUGUGCACACUAACACACGUCAGUUUCUGGAGGUGUAUGCGGAUGCUUUUAAAUAGAAGAGCAAACUGAGAGUUAAAUUUAAUUCUCAACAGUUCAGAGUAUAAAUGCUACAUUCCUUCGUGUAUUUUCAUUUUUGUACCAUUAAAAGAAAUUGUAAGCCAGUGUGGUGGCUCAUGCCUUUAAUCCCAGCACUUGGGAGUCAAAGGCAGGUGAAUCUCUAUGAAUUUGAAGCCAGCCUGGUCUACAUAGUGAGUUCCAGGACAGCCUGGAGAGCUACAUAAGUAAGACCCUGUUUUUUUGGGGGGAGAAGGGAAGAAAUUCUAAAUUAAUAUGGCCUCUUAAAGAGAUUCAGGAUAAAACCUGUAGAGAAAUGGUUUUUAAUAAGAUGCAUAUUUAUUUUUACAUUAUACAGUUGUUUUGUGAAAAGGUCCUAUAAUUUUAUUUACUAGAAUGGUAUAAAUUGCAUUUUUAAGAACUCCAAAUUAGGAAAAAAAUUUCCUUUUUUUUUUGUAAAAUAUAUGUACGUUUUUUUUUAAGUAUGUGCACUUAGAGUAACUUCUGGAGCUUGACUGACAUCUGUCAUAUGCUCCUGUAAAUGGUCCUGUACACUAUUUUUCAUGCUUAUUUUGACAAGCAGCUAUGGUGGUGUGUCUCAGAUGGACUCUGAAUAUCUUGGUAGUCGUCACAAAUAUUUAACAUCGAGCUUUAUGGAAAAUUACCAGCUAGUAAAGUACACACUGCGCAGUCAUGGUCAUUCUUGCAAUCAGGGCAUGCAGAAACAGCUUCCGUGUUAUAAAGGAGGAGGGACAACCGUGUUUCUCUUGUAAUGGUUUUUUUGCAGUUCCCUUGUAAAAUGAAUUGAAUUUUUAUUGACAUGACAGCAUGUGCUAAGUUACUUUUAGUUUUUGUUUUGUUUACUGUAUCAGUAAGCUGCUUUUGCUUCUGUCAAUCUAUUUUUUUUUUAAUUAAAAGUUCAUAAUUAGUACCAGGCAUGAUGGUGAACUCUUUUAAUCCCAGCAUUCAGGAGGAGGCAGAGGCAGGCGGUUCUCUGUGUUGGAACGCAGUCUGGUUUACACAGUGUAUUCCAGGACAGCCAAAGGUACCAAAAAAAAAAAAAAUAGAGGUUUAUAAUUAACUUCUCAUUCAUAACCAACUGAGACAAGGAGUAAGCUUUAUUACAGAAAUGCCAACAUUGGCUGAGAAUGUGUUAUCAGUGGCAUAGGGCUGGGCUAGCACACACGAGUUCCUGGGUUCAACUCCUAGCACCACGGUGGGUAUGUGGGGGGAGACAAAUGAAGAAAAGAAUGAAAUGAAAAUAUUAGGUAUUGCAGAUAAGUUGAUUCACUCCCAUCUGAACUGUCACUAAGACAACAACACUAGAAACUUUGUGUUGAAAACAUAUAAUUAUUUUCUUCAGUGAUUUGUGGAGUAGCAAGUGAAAUACUCCACCGCUUGCCAUUCUGAUUAACUUACUAUAACUGGUAACCCAGCAGCUGUUAGGUUCACCAGCAAAACUGCACUGAAGAAGCAGAGUUGACAGGAUUUGGGUGGGAAGGUAUUCCUCAGAGAAACAUACUUGCUCUUACUCUAGCAAACCAUUGAAAUAAGUGCCUUAACGUCUUUAUUUCUAAAUUCAUCUUAUAUUUUAUAUCAUAUUACCUAUUUUCUUUUCCAUAAGCAAAUAUGGUUACCUUUUGCACAUUGAUAAAGUACGGUACGUAGGGUGAGGGUGUAGGUGUCUUUCCUCCCUUGCUUGUGUACCAGUGUUCUGGAGCACUUUCCACUGUACAAGAGUUCCUGGGUUUGAUCCCCAGUACAACAGAAAAAUGAGCCGUCCCCACACCAUUUUCUUAUAAACUUCAAUUCAGUAAUAAGCAAAUCUUUGUCAAGAACUUCCAGUCUUCUAAAUUAAUUUAUUUAGCCCCUAAAAUGCCAAAUAGUCCAAUAAGAGAAACCUACUUUAUAAGGGAUGUAAUAUGGACUCUGUGAGCUUAGUAAUUUUUUUAAAAUCACUUUAAUAUCUAUAUCUUGAUGUUCUGCAUUUUAUUAGCAAUUUAAUUUUCUAAUCUAAGUGUGUACUGCACUGUAGCACUGACUUCACACACACACAUACGCACAGAGAGACAGACAGACAGACACACGCACAGAGACAAACACACAGAGAGGAGACACACACAGAGAGAGAGAGAGACAGAGACAGAGACAGAGACAGAGACAGAGAAACAGACACACAUACAGUGGCUUUUCCUUCUAGGAUAUUAACCCAAGUUGCCAAUAACCUCAGUGUCCUGACACUCUACAGAUUGAGUCAACAAAGAAGGAAGAAAUGGGUGUUAAACUGUGUUAACAAUUUGUGGCUGAAAACCAUGCCUGAACUAGAUUUUUUUUUUUUUUUUGGUUCUUUUUUUCGGAGCUGGGGACCGAACCCAGGGCCUUGCGCUUCCUAGGUAAGCGCUCUACCACUGAGCUAAAUCCCCAGCCCCACCUGAACUAGAUUUUUAAUUUCUUGUAUAACUCUCUUAUUAGUUUUGAGAAAUCUUUCUUGGGGCUUCUUAUUUUCGAGUUAGUAACACAUUUUGAUGUCUCUUUUUGUAUGAAAAUUGUACUUUUUUUUUUCAGUUGGGAUUUUUAACAGUUCUAUGUAAAUUGAUCUUUUAGUAAAUUUAUUUUUAAUGCAUGAAUAUUUACAGGACAUAUGCUACUACUUCUAUAUAUUUAAGAACUUUUUAAAGCUAAUAACUACUUUCUAUUUAUGUUUUAAUGUAUCCUUUCUUUUAAUACGUCUAGUUUUGCCCUGUGUGGUGACGCACAGCUAUGAUCCCAGCACUUGAGAGGUAGAGAUGGGAGGGACAAGUGUUCAAAGUUUGAGGACAGCCUGGGCUUCAUGAGUCCCCAUCCCAAAUAAAGAUUCAAAAGUUAAAUACAUAGUCUCUAUUGUACUCGGUAUGUAUGAGAAAUCUGGCAAAAUACAAGGAAAAUCAAACAAAUUCUUACCCAAAUUCCUGAGGUUUUCUCAUGUAUUAUAGAGUUAAUGCUUUAAAUCAAAUUAGAUGCAGUGUUGCAAAGAAAUAUGUAUGACAGCUUAUUUUCCGUCUAGUGAACUUUCUAAAUAAUGCAUGUUUCUGUAAUGGAAAUAAUUUUGGAAUCAAAUGUGUUGAAUUUAGUGUAAAGGACUCUUUUCUCUUGUUCUGUGACCUUGACAUAGGGAACACUCUGUGCAAUCCUACAGCCUUUCCUGAUGACCGUUAUCUAUAUUUUGUGUAACAGUGGCAUAACAAGGUAUCACGUAAAUCUCCUUUUCCUGUUGCAAACCAAUAGCCUUCUGCAGCUACUCAUCAAGACGAGCAGAGCGGCCCUUUGUAGGCUGGCCUCUGAGUCAGACUGUGAUGCUGUGUGUUUAGGUGAAAUGUUACCUCCCGUACAGAGCUUACCCUCUGCAAGUGUAAGUCAUUACUACAGGAACGGAGAAGCCCCUGCUCAUCAGUGUAAACGGUCUGAUUCCAGCUUUUGUAACGUUAGUAUUCUUUAUCAGUAAUGAUGUUCUUUGAUGCUCAUUUACCCCCUUGUUUUGUGUUGGUAAUAAAACUUCUCGGAAUUUGAA